UUUGUCUGGCUCAUUCCUCCUCACCCACUUAUUCCGCUACAAUGUGAUGAAAACAUAUAGGCUAGCAGAAGGCAAUGGGGAGUGGCCAGAUCUUAACACUAUGAACAACCAUCACAUUGUCACAUUAAUGAGCAAGGAUGGGGCACUCCGUUAAAUGUCCGGACCGUACCACAUACUUCAAAAAUGGAAAAUGUGUGCCCUGUGAAAAACCAGGUCCGGGACGAGAAAUUACCCCAAAUUGUGGCUUCGAUGAUCAUCAGGGCCGUCAUGAAGCCACUUCCAGAAAGUGCCCACACCGCAGUUUUAACGACGGCACAAAUUACUAUUGUAAACCCUGCAGCUCGUGCGUGCAGGGCUUUACCAUAGUGGAGCCAUGUAGCGUACAAGUCGAUACCAAGUGCCAAGGAGCAACAAAGACAACAAACAUGACUUAUACGCAAACCACAACAGCUUCCUAUGAGGUUGUUCAGAAUAACCCAGUCGUCCCUCAGAUUCCAGAAACACCUUGGGUGGUGCCUCUCACACUUUUUAUUUGUUGUGUCGCACUUGCCUUAUCUUGCUGGUUCAUCUUCAGGAAAAGAGGAUUUAAAAAAACAUUCAAACAGUCAACAUCUCUCUUUGCAACUCAAGAAACCAAUGAACCGAAAGACAUUCUAAGCCCUGAGAUCCUGGCUGCACCUCUGAAAUGUGUUCUGAAUGAUUUGGACGUGCUGGAGGAGCUGAUCAUGUUGUUGGAUCCUGAGACCAAAGGCAUUAAAAACACCAAACACCUGGCAUCCCUGUGUAGAUUCUCCUCAAACUGGGUGACCUACACAUACUCGCUGAAGGACACCAAGAGUCCCCUGAACGCCCUGCUGGAGGGGGUCACCUGCCAACACCCCGACUGGACCGUGGAACAUCUGGUUCUGCUGCUGCAGCAAAUAGAGCGUGUGGAUGCAGUGGUAGCACUAGGGAAGCUCAGCACAAGCAAACUUCAAGUCAUUGAUGUUUAGCACAACAGAUGGUCUUCCUCUUUUUGCAGUUCCUCUUUCAAAAGAAAAGUGGAGAAUAUAGCUCAUGUAUUGGAACAUCGUAACAUCUUUAUUAAGCAAAUAACAUCAUAAAUAAAAAAGUGCAUAGAAAAAUUAAACAGGUUUAGAAAUAUGUAUACAAAUAUUUACAAACUCAGGUUUUAUUUUUACAUGGUAACAAAGACAUAUUUAAAGAUCACAUAUUUUAUCAUGUUUAUAACUUUUACACUUAUUUUAAAAUAACCCUACUAUAUAUACUUUCAUCUUUAUAUGUUUUAUACAACAUACAGCUUUCUGAACAGAUUUAGGGAUAGAUGGUCAUGAUCAAUUGCGUCUAGUACUCUGAAUCAAUCAAAUGCUCAUCCCUCUCUCGCUCACACACACACACGCACAUACGCACACAAAGAUACAAAGACAACAAACAGUUUCACCUCUGCAGGAGAAUAAAACCAAUCUACUCUGAAAUUAUGAUCAUCCUCUCAUUUUGCAUCAGUAUUCCCAAACAUCUGCCGAAACAGCUGAGGUAGAAUCCUUGCAAGUAGUUGGGAGUGACUUUGCUCAAUAGUUGUGAUUUAAGGUGAUUGAAACAAAUAAAUCUGGGCUCCAUCCCAGUGAUUGGACAUGCAAGGAAAAGGGUUUAAGACAAAAAAAGAAGAAAAAAUAAAAUAAAAAUAAAAUCCUAUCUGUUGUAUUGAAAA